GAGAAGUGGGAAAUCGCUGGUUAUGGUAAAGGUAAAGACUGUGGUGGUGACAGAGUUAAUUCUUCGACGAGGACUGGUGUUGCGGGUGGGAAUGACGAAGUUUCCAUGGAGCAAAAUUUCUCUGUUUCUGAAUGUCAAUUGAACAGUAAUGUAUGUGUCAAGGAUAAUCGUUAAGAAUGUUCCCAAAUAUGUGACAGAGGAUCAACUACGAGGUAUCUUUUCGGAAAAAGGAGAAAUCACAGACGUGAAAUUGAAGCGUUUAAGUGAUGGCAGAAGUAGACAAUUUGCUUAUAUUGGAUUUCGUAGUGAACAAAAAGCUCAAGAUGCUAUCACUUACUUUAACAAGAAUUUCAAACAUAGUCAUCAAAUAUCUGUUUUGGUUGCGGACCCUCCACCGAGGAGGACACAAGGGAAGGUUGAUGCUUAUGCUAAAGGAGAUAAACAGAUUCAGAAGAAGGAUCCAGAAGUUGAUCAUGAUCCUCAGCUUCAAGAAUUUCUUCAUCAGGAGCAUAAGUUGAAAUUCUGGUCCAAUGACAUGUGUAUUCAUCCUUCCAAUGGUGCUGAUGACCCUAACAAAGCCAAAAGAUCAUUCUUAGAUUCUAAAAAGACUAGAAAGAGUAAAGUUGGUGAUGAUGUUUCUGAUAUGGAAUACUUCAAGAGUCGGAUAAAGAAAAAUCUGGACAGUGAUUGUGAAACCGAUAGUCGUGAAGAUGCAAUCAAUGUUUUUCCUAUUGAUGGAGAAGUUAAAGCUGACAGAGUCGACAAAGAUGAUGAUGGCCAUGCAAUGGAGGUAGAAGCCGAUGGCAGUGAUGAUGUUCUUGACGCUGGUCGCCUUUUCGUCCAUGGCCUGCCUUACUCUACCACAGAAGAAGAGCUUAUGGAACAUUUCAGCAAAUUCGGUGAUAUAUCAGAGGUCCAUCUUGUUCUUGACAAGGAUACCAGAAGUUGCAGGGGAAUGGCCUUCGUCCUUUACCUGAUACCGGAAUCUGCAAAAAUGGCAAUGGAUAAAUUAGAUAAGUUACCUUUCCAGGGCCGGACGUUGCAUAUUUUACCAGCUAAGCCCCGUGCAAUGUCUGCUAAACAAGUAGAUAACUCCUCUAAUCUGCCAAAAUCAUUCAAGAAAGAGAGGGAGGAACAAAGGAAGGCGUCUGAAGCUUGUGGAAACACAAAUGCUUGGAACAGUUUCUUCAUGCGACCCGAUACUAUCCUGGAAAACUUAGUCAGGUCGUAUGGUGUAACAAAGAGUGAGUUACUUGACCGUGAAUGCGAAGAUCCUGCAGUACGCCUUGCUUUGGGAGAAACAAGAGUGAUUAUGGAGACCAAAGAAGCCCUUGCUAAAGCUGGAGUACGUGUCACCUCUUUGGAAGAAUUUGCUGCACGGAAAGGUGACGUGAAGAACAGAAGCAAACAUAUUCUCUUAGUCAAGCAUUUGCCCUUUGCUUCCACUGAAAAGGAACUGGCUCAAAUGUUUCGGAAAUUUGGAAGUCUAGACAAAAUUGUUCUCCCUCCGACUAAGACGAUGGCUUUGGUUGUUUUCCUUGAAGCGGCUGAGGCACGUGCAGCUAUGAACGGAUUGGCAUACACGCGUUACAAAGAUGCUCCCCUGUAUCUGGAGUGGGCUCCUCGAGAUAUUCUUGAGCCAAAAGCACUUGCCGAUAACAAAGAAAAGAAGAGUGCUGUCGAAGAAAAUGAUGCGAGAAGAGUCAACUUAGAUCAGCAGGUUGGAAUCUAUUCGGAUAUAACCGAGUCAAAUGUCCUUCAUGUAAAGAAUCUGAGCUUCAAGACAACUGAUGAGGGGUUGAAGAAGCAUUUGACUGGAGUGGUGAAGCAGGGAAAGAUUCUGAGUGUUAAGCAGAUAAUAAGAGACUGGACGAGACGUCGUUCAAGCGGUUAUGGUUUUGUAGAAUUUGACUCCGUAGAGACAGCGACCAGUGUCUACAGAGAUCUACCAGGAAAUGUUCUGGAUGGGCAUUCUUUGAUCUUGAAUUUUUCUGAAAACAAGCGGAGUGAAACGGUUGGGGAAGGUUCAGACAAGGUCACAAAGUUGGCAAAGUUACAUGUGAAAAAUGUAGCUUUUGAAGCAACCAAGAAAGAACUAAGACAGCUUUUCAGUCCAUUUGGACAGAUUCAAGAGAGUUGGGCUUCCAUUGAAGAAUGUGAGAAAAUACGCUGGUUAUGCUUUUGUAGAAUUUGGGACAAUGCAAGAAGCUUUAAACGCUAAAAAGGCACUCUCCAACACCCAUUUCUAUGGACGCCAUUUGGUGCUCGAGUGGGCUCGUGAUGACGAGAGCAUGGAAGCGAUUCAAAAAUCUUGUGCUGCCAAGUAUAUGGGCCAAGAAAACGAUAAUCCAAAGAAAAGGAAAAGCUCGACAGUUGUUGGUAGUGGUAGAGAGACGUCAAAGAAAAGGUUAUAGAAGAAGAUGGUUUUAGGGCGUUGGCGUGAAGUGAAGACGUGCGGUGAAAGUCUCUUAUAAAAUGAGAGGAUAGCUGAAUAGGCCCUCUCUGCAGUUUGUGAUUCUCCUGUGUUUGAAGCGGAGCCGAUCUUAAUUUUCUCAUAAUUAUGAUUACAAAGAGAUUUCCUCAACUCUUCUAUCGUUUGUUGUAGUUUUCAAAAAUAAAUAAAUAAAAUCAAUAAUUUACACG